CACAGCCUCGUUCGUGUAACCUUUCGUGGCGUUCGUGUAAAUCCGCAGACGCAUUCAGCCGGAUUUCCUGACUGACAAGUACACACGGUGCACAGCAGGAUGACUGAAGUGAUUGGCAUCACCCCCCUGCCAGGUGUGGAGUAUCCACUGAGUGUUCAGUACUGUGGCAACUGCACCAUGCCAGUUGAGUACUGUGAAUAUUACCCAGCUUAUGACAAAUGCAAGCAGUGGUUGGAGAAGAAUCUUCCAGAUAUGUUCCAGGAACUUAUGGCUGGAGCAAGUGCAGCUGGAGAAGAUGGGGCUGAUGAAGAAAAGAAGAGACAAAAGCGAGGAGGAAAAGGCAUUGUGAAGGCCAAGAAGAAGGCAGAUGAAGGCCCUAGGAAAGUGGUGGUGUUUGUGGCACCUCGUGGAAAGAAACGUAACACUGUCAUCACUGGACUAAAGACCUUUAAUAUUGACCUAAAAGUAGCGGCUAAAUUCUUCGGCACCAAGUUUGCUUGCGGCUCGUCAGUGACUGGAGACGAUGAAAUAGUGGUCCAAGGAGAUAUUAAGGAUGAUCUUCUUGAUAUGAUUCCUGAGAAAUGGCCUGAGAUUGAUGAGGAGUGUGUGGAGGAUGGUGGAGAACACAAGCGGUAAUUUCUGUAAAUGUUAUAACCUAAUGUAAAGACAUUUUAUGGAUCUAACUGUUUAUAAUUUGGUUCUGGAAAUAACUUGAAUAUUUAUUUAAAAAAAGGAAAUGUUGCCAUUGUUUCAUGUCACAUACAAGUUUUAUAUUGAAUUAGUUUAAUUGUUUAAUUUCAGUAAUGUAAAAUUAUGUCAGCUUGAAAGUAAAUUGGAAAAUUAA